CGAGAACAGAGACUGGCAGGGGAUCUGGGAGCCGCGGGAGAUGCGGAGGGAGCACCGCGGGGCCGGAAAGGAUGCUUCUGUGCCUCUCUGACCACAGCCUCUCUCUGCUCUCCCCCUUUUCCCCCGCAACCUGCAUGCAGGAGCCUUUCUCCUGGGAGGGAUCCUCUACUCGUGGCAGUUCCCCCACUUCAACGCCCUGAGCUGGGGCCUCCGCGAAGACUACUCCCGCGGCGGCUACUGCAUGAUGUCGGUCACGCACCCGGCCCUGUGCCGGCGCGUCGCCCUGCGCCACUGCCUGGCCUUGAUCGGACUGGCGGCGGCGGCGCCCGUCCUCCAGGUCACCACGUGGACCUUCCCCGUCAUCUCCCUCCCCAUCAACCUGUACAUUUCCUACCUCGGCUUCCGGUUCUACACGGACGCGGACCGGAAGAGCUCCCGGAAGCUGUUCUUCUGCAGCCUGUGGCACCUGCCCUUGCUUCUGCUGCUCAUGCUCACCUGCAAGCGGCCCCCGGCUGCGGGCGGUGCGGGGGGAGAGCCUCGGACUUGAAAUCCCCGGGGGCGCGUGGGGGGAAAAAAACAAAACCAAAAAACACGUACAGGGAGACGCACAUUGUUUGUUUGUUUUUUUCCCCUUUGCGGUGAGACAAUAUUUUGGUAAUUCUGGAGCUCCAGAAUGGGAAAUUGCUGGGUUUUAGUACAAGAUCGUAAAAUGAUUUGGUGCUCAGUGAUCGCCCGACGAUUUUUUUUUUUUUUGAAUGAUAACGUCCAAAACGCUCCCCAAAUAAGAAAUAGGUUGGCUCAGGUGAUGAAUACAGAGAGAAUCUUUUUCUCUUGAGGAGUCUUUAUAUAUUUCUUCCUCCAACACCUCUGUUGUUUUUCUUCUUCCUCCUGUGGAUGUACAAGUGUACCUCUUCCUUUUCUGGCCACACACACGCACACACACACUCCCCACCUGGCCAGACGCAGGGAGCACUGGGACUCUGUCUGUGGUCCUGUCCUCAGGUCCCUGGAGGGCCACGUCGGAGGCCAUGCGCACUGGCCGCCCUCCCUGUGAAUGAGCCAGGGGCCCCGGCUCCAGCUUUUUCUCACAUAUAUUCUCAGCCACAUAUUCCCCCAAACAAUAAUAGAAUACCAAGGAUGCACUGCUGCCCGACUUUCGAAGGGAGAAUUCCAAACGGUUGCCUAGGGGAUCUCGAGCAGGACUGCCAGCCCCCGGCCCACCCCCAUUACGUAUCCGCAUUUCAACAACUCCAAGGAAUCAAAGGCAUCUUUAUAGUUCACUUGAAAUACAGGAGGUGUCUGGAGCGUUUCCUUCUGGAAGGGUGGCGCUAGACUUCACACCCGCGGUCCAUCUGCCUCUGACCCGUUACUGUCCCCCUCCGGCCCCUGCUGCCCACCAGGCAGGGAAAGCCCAAAAAAGGUGAGCCGGUCUAACCAGCCACAUAGCUCACAUUCUUGUCCCUUUGGUGAAAAACACAAUUCUCUCCAGGUACCCUCUGAAUUCAGAAAUCAGCCCCCAUACAUCCAAUGGCUGUAAGAGCCAGAGGCUUGGGCUGGACUCCUGGUGGGGGUGCAUCCGGUUCCGGGAGUUGUUCUAGUUAACCUGUAGCCAGGUGUGGCCUCAGUCACCUGUGGUUCCUUCCAUCCGUCCUUCACCUACGCCACUAGUCCACUGUUGAACCCCACUUGCCGGAAGGCCUUGAUGCUUAACAGGAUGUUUGCAUUACUCCAUCUCCAGGGCACUGUACUGCCCCGUAGGAACUCAUUUCGGGGAGUUUAAGCAACAAUCAGACGGUCCUGCAAUGUGCCUGUUCUCAGAAAUUUCUAAAGCGACUGCAGACACCAUCUGACCCCUGUUUCUACUUAUCUGCAAUAUUACCUCUUGGCUGUAUCCAGGUUCUUGACUGUGGGGAACAUGGCAUAGGAAUGUCUGCAAAGAAUAUCGACACCUUGUUGCAGCCUUCAAAUUUGUAAAAUGCCUCCAUUCUCUUUUCCCGCCCCAAUAAACCGGUAUGUAAGAACAGAA